AUUAUACACAUAAAUAUAAUAUAGGGCACCGAGCAACGCCCUAGCUCUGACCACCUUCUCCUCCCGCCCUCUCUCUCUCUCUCUCUCGCGUCGCAGGUUGUUUGAGAUGACCGAGCCAUCCAAAGUCAUUCAUGUGCGAAAUGUGGGUCAUGAAAUUUCUGAGAAUGACUUGCUUCAGCUAUUCCAGCCAUUUGGGGUAAUCACCAAACUGGUCAUGCUCCGUGCUAAAAAUCAGGCUCUCCUCCAAAUGCAAGAUAUUCCUUCAGCUGUAAAUGCAUUGCAAUUCUACACGAAUGUUCAGCCAAGCAUAAGGGGAAGGAAUGUUUAUGUUCAAUUCUCAUCGCAUCAGGAACUAACAAACAUGGACCAGAAUCCUCAAGGCCGCGGGGAUGAGCCUAAUCGAAUUCUCUUAGUUACAAUUCAUCACAUGCUAUAUCCUAUAACCGUGGAAGUGCUGCAUCAAGUGUUUUCUCCUCAUGGAUUUGUGGAGAAGAUCGUCACAUUUCAGAAGUCAGCUGGUUUCCAAGCCCUUAUACAGUAUCAAACACGCCAAAGUGCUGUCUCAGCAAGAAACUCUCUUCAGGGACGAAAUAUUUAUGAUGGUUGCUGUCAGCUGGACAUUCAGUUUUCAAACCUUGAUGAGUUACAAGUGAACUACAAUAAUGAGCGAUCAAGGGAUUUCACAAACCCAUCUCUACCUUCAGAACAGAAGGGAAGAUCAUCACAACCUGGGUACGGAGAUGCAGGCAGCAUGUAUGGAGCCAGAGCAGUUGGAUUUCCACAGAUGGGCAAUGCUGCGGCCAUUGCAGCAGCUUUUGGAGGGGGGUUGCCUCCUGGAAUAAGUGGGACAAAUGACAGGUGCACUGUUCUAGUGUCUAAUCUAAAUCCUGAUAGAAUUGACGAGGACAAACUUUUCAAUCUAUUCUCUAUCUACGGAAACAUUGUUAGAAUCAAACUUCUCCGCAAUAAAACAGAUCAUGCAUUGGUUCAGAUGGGUGAUGGCUUUCAAGCCGAACUAGCAGUACACUUCUUGAAGGGAGCCAUGUUGUUUGGGAAACGAUUGGAGGUAAACUUCUCUAAGCAUCCGAACAUAACAACUGGUGCUGAUACGCACGAGUACUCAAAUUCAAAUCUCAAUCGCUUCAACCGCAAUGCUGCAAAGAAUUAUCGUUACUGCUGCUCCCCAACCAAAAUGAUCCACCUAUCCACCCUCCCCCAGGAUGUCACUGAGGAGGAGAUUGUGGCCCACCUUGAGGAACAUGGCACCAUUAUCAACACCAAGCUCUUUGAGAUGAAUGGCAAGAAGCAGGCCCUUGUUCUGUUUGAAAACGAGGAGCAGGCCACAGAAGCCCUCGUUUGCAAACAUGCCAGCUCCCUUGGGGGUUCAAUGAUUCGGAUCUCUUUUUCGCAACUGCAGAACAUCUAGAGACCCUCAUAAUGAGAGGUAAUAAGGAGUGACAAGUGAUGGAACAAUGCAGGUGGUAAUCCUUUUUACUAGUGUUAUGUUUCUUGUAACUCUGGUGAUACUGGCUUUGUCUUGGUUGGUGAGAUUCUCUCUUUGGUUUUGUUGGUACUUCUACUCUUCUUCAUAUAUAUUAAUGUGCAUGUACUAGUUGGUCUGUC